AUGCCGGUGGACAGUCUAUUCGACAUGGCCCGCCGGGCUUGCGCCCGGUACAGCGCCAGGAUCACCGAUAUAGGGGACCUCAAUUACGAGCUCAUCAGACCGGUUCUGCUCAAGAUUGAAAGUCCAGAGAAACUGCACCAACUCGAGCAGAAUUCCCCCCAAAUCAUCGGCAAAGAUGCCGAGAUUUGGAUGAGCUUCAUCAAGCGAGAUAUACCGGACUGGCACCUGAAACGACACGAGCCCAAAAACCCCAAGAAUUGGUACAAAGUAUAUCGCCAGCUCAAGGAAGAGGCGCGGAUGGACUCGACCGCCGACGAAGCCAUAUUAAAAGCCGCCUUGGCCAAUAUCCAGAAUGAAAAAGAGCAAAAUACGGCAGAGAUCGCCUCAUCCAGGAGAGACUUGCCAUACCUGACCCCGUCAAGAAAAGCGCGCAUUCAUUAUAGCUAUAUCAGUGGGAAGACUGGAAGCAAAGGGGCAAAUAAGAUGACCUUGAUGGAAAAGAUCAGGAAGGAAGCUCGAGAUGCAAAGGCCUCCCAGAUGAACAGGCCCAUGCACGAACUGCAGAAGAGAGCAACGGUCGUCACGAAGGCACCGCGGCAGUUUGUCGAGGAUCUAAAGCAAAAGGCGGCAAACCCCAUGUCUCCUCCUCGAACACAGGCCUUUCCGGCUUCUAUUCGCCCGUCGAGACCGCCGAUGCACGCGCCUACUACAACUAGUAGCCCCAAGAAACCUCCAGUCGAUUCAUCAUACGAUCUUGUCGUAGAUCGUGAAGCUAGGCUGCGAGCAUUGAAGAAUGGGAAAUCAGAACCGAAUCCUCCGCGAAUGUCGUCAACGCCGACCACGACAAGGAAUGGCUCGGACAGACAAGAUGACACGGUGAAUGUAGGCGGAAAUGGAACUGGAAUUCUAACAACGAAUUUCCUGGAAGAUUCUGAGGAGGAGGAGGAGGAGGAGGAGGCUAUCGAAGCGCCACCAAAGAUGCUGAAGAUCAAUGACAAUGAGCGGCCGAGAUCACUGAGUCCCAUGAGGCUGAGUCAUCCACAUCCACAAACGCAUACGUUAAAGAGGAAACAGGUUCCAUCACUUUUCAUGUCGUCACCCAAAAAGACAGCGAGACAGCCUGGAGUAUCUUAG